AUGUUUCUCAAGAAAUUAAAGGACUAUCCUGUCCCAGGUCUCGUCACCGUCUUACCAGAGUCUAUCAACAGAGCAAUUCCAUCCUACCAUCGCGCGUUUCUGACUGCUCUCGCACAAAAGAGAGCAGAACUGGGCCGGAAAGCCAAGGUCUGCUUCACCAGCCUCAUCGGCUUAGCACAGGACUUGACGCAUGACCAAAUCGUCGAUUAUUCUGCACUUGAGCGAGGUAUGCACGUGUUUAAAGAGUGGCAGAGCAAGGAAUCUCCCGCGCUCGGUGCACAGUCUGCGUCUCCAAUCCUCGUUCUAAAAGGCGAAAAGGAUGAAUUAGUGCCUUAUCAAACAGCGAAAGAAGCUUGGAUGAAGUCUUGCUCAAGUGGUAACGAAGUUCACUCGCCAAUCUCCCAGGCAUGGGGGCACACUGCCAUGGUUAGAGCGUCUCUUCUAGACUGGAUGGUUUGGGUUGAUGGUUUAUUUACCCGAGGGAAGACGGCGCGGAAUUUGACCUGCUCUUUGGAGAUUAAGAAGCCGUUUGAUCUUGAGCAUGUAAGAGCUCUGUUGGACGUGGACAGUAUUCAAAACAAAGGCGAUCAAUCUUGCUAG